GCAGCGAAGGUCAUAAAUUCGCUUCCAUUCGUUUGAUUCUUAAUUGUCGACGAGCACUCUGUUGACAGAUUGAUACAGUCAGUACCAGUACCAGUACAUCAAGCAAUACAAAAACUACAAAGCAAUCCAAUGACGAACGGUGCAAGCAAUACCAGUGGCCGAGGCAUCUCCGUGCCCUAGUUUUGGACGCAUCCCGUGGUUUGGAUGGUAGUUGGAGCCUUCUUGAUUUCGUGUAUGUCCUUCUUACAAACUCAACAAACAGCAUCUAAAGUAUCCGAACUCACAGCAGCUAUGCAGUCUGUGGAAACAAUCUUGGCACACUUGAGCCAGCAAGUUUCUUCUUUUUCAAGUCGGCAGGUAGAAGAACUCAAACAUCACAUGGAUACAGCCCUGCAGUCCUUGGAAAGCACCCAGACACACCGCAUAUUGUCUCAGCAGCAGCUACUACAGAAGGACAUGCAGAAGCGAAUUGUACAGAUGAUCCAAUACUAUACCGGAAAGCCUCAAAAGGAUCUGAUCAAAAUGGCUGUACGCAACAAUGAUGCUCAUGUCUUGGAAGAUAUCAUACAAGCACAUGGUGCCGGUGAUGAUAGUAGUACUCAUGUAGAUGAGCUUUUCAAAGACGCCAUUGGAGGGACCCUGUUGCACUGGGCUGCAGCUGAAGGGCACACAGUUUUGGUGAAAGAGCUGAUUCAGAAGGGAGCAAAUCAUUCUUUUUUGAACAAUCUCCACCAUACACCUCUACAUGAACGAAGCUGUUGAAAGUGGUCACAUCAGCGUGGUAGAAACACUUCUGGAAAGUGGAGCAAAUGCUUCAUUGGCUGAUCGAGGUGGUGUGACAGCCCUUCAUUAUGCCGCAGGAUAUGGUCAUGUUGAUGUUGUCAUAGCAUUGCUAGGACAGGAUGGUGUGGAUGUAAAUGCAAAGGAAAUGGAUGGCUAUGCUGCCCUUCAUUGUGCUGCAUCCAUGGGUUUUGUUGAUGCUGUCAAAGCAUUGCUAGGACAGGAUGGAGUGGAUGUUAAUGCAAGCAAUUCCCUUGGUGAGACUGCCUUUCUGCUGGCUGCACUAGAAGGUCAUCUUGACAUUGUGAAGACUUUGCUUCGACAGGCUGAUGUGCAUAUCAAUGCAACUAAUAAUCUUGGUGAGAAUGCGCUUCAUUUAGCUGCACAGAAAGGACACCUUGACAUUGUACAUACUUUGCUUGGACACGAUAGGAUGGAUAUCAAUGCAAGGGAUAAAUUACUUGGUGAGACUGCUCUUCACAAGGCUGCAGAGAAAGGCCGCCUUGAUGUUGUGAACGCUCUGCUAGGAAAUGAUGGUGUGGAUAUCAAUGCAAUGGAUUCUUCUGGUAAUACACCAUUGGAUGUUGCUCAGCGUGGUGAUUUCCAAGAUGUUGUGAGAGCCUUGAUUGCGGUGGGUGAUGUCACAAGUGGCAAUGAUGAACUUUAG